UUUUAACUUUUAUUUUAAAGCUUUUUAACGAAUAAGAGAAGUUUUUAAGUUCAUUGCAUGAAGUUAAAUUGUACAUGAAAGGAAGAGAAGUGUCAAAACAGCCAGAAAACUGAAGUAUGUAUUUCAUAAAUGGGCGGGAGGUGUGUAUUUAUUGUAGUGCAGUUGUUGGUUUAUACGCGUAUUCAUGAAAAUGCUCAAUUUGCGCACUACAGUGCUCCCAAUGGCUCCCUUCGUGCGCCAGUUCUAUUAUUCGGCUUUGCUCCGCUAAUACAUAUACUGUAACCACAUACGUGAAUAUACAUAUAUUUCUACAUUCAUUCAGAUAUGCGUGCCUUGAGUAAAUAAAUUCUGAUUGCGCGCGUUUAACAAAUCCCAAUAGACACGCGCUUAAAACCAUUGCAUAUAUUCUUUCUGUGUGGUAUUACACACUUCUUUUAUUAUAUUUAUAUUGGAAAUUCAUAGUUUUUAACUUGUAUUGCGGGAAUCAGUAAAGUAAGUGUGUGCUUAAGUAAAAAUUCACUUAUACCUUUUUCGACUGCACAAACGUUUUGACAGUAAUCGCACUGACAUAAAGGAAACGGAAAAGCAUACAUAUGAUUGCGCAGGUGACAUCAGUCAUUUCCUUCGCACGUAUGUUGAUAAAGCUUUGCGAGAUAGCGCUUUGUCGCUCUGUUUGCUGAAUUCUUUUUUGUUUGUAAAAAAUCUUGGUGAUGAAUAGUGCAGCUGAUGUUGUCGUUGAUGUAGCGGCUCCAACGUACUCAUUUUGACUUCAGCAAGCACAAUAUAAUUACCUGAUUCUAUUGGCGGUAUUGUGUCCGCAUUUUCAAAAUCAAAACAAUCCAACACAUCGGAAGUCACUACGGCAUUGUAAGCAGCACUGACAACGGCGUCGUCGACUACAAUAAUGUAAAGUGUGUUGACGUCGGCGUCGAAGAAAGUAGAAUGUCUGUUCCUUCUAAUCGUAUUUUGUUUUGAUUUCCGAUUGCUUUAUUUUGGCGCAGCGUGUGCAGUGAAUUUCGGGUGUUACAUGUACAUACAUACCAUACAUACCUAGUUUGUUUUCGAAAAGUGGUUUUCUAAUGACCCAACAAAAUGCCUUGAUCUUACUCACAUAAGGAUGUUAUUAUACGAAAGCAGCUAAUAUUUAAGUAACCGAAGCAAUAAUUGUAACAACAGCUUAACAUAAAAACAAACAAGAAAAUUUUAGCAACGGAACAAAACUCAAGGAAUUGUUAAAAUAGCUAUUUAAUUAUUUAAAAAAGCGUGAAAGUACAUAUAAAUGGUUUCUACUUUUAUCGGGCUAUUGGAUAUUCAAUCAUGGUGGGAGAUACCGUGCAUAUCUCAUUUCUGUUCAUUGUUUAGUUCCGCUUUUGACCUGCCCGACAUCGAUAUCGAGGAUCUUGAGUCGGCGCUUUUGUCGGAUGGUACUGAUGAAGAUCAAAUUGCGCUUGUUCCCGAGUUAAUUGUACGUUUAUUAAAGGGAUGCGAUGCGCUCAAAUCGGUAGCAAAAGAAAUAACGCAUAGCAAUUAUCAGAUGUUCUUGAGGCGUUUCCUACGCCAACAGUGUCGCAUACACAAUACCGAAAACCACUUUGAUACGGACAUUGACUUUCAGUCACUGCCGGUGCGCAAGCGUUUGCAAAUACUUCAAGUUUUAUGCCACUUUCGUCUCGACUCUUGCGACGUACAAGUAAUACUAAGUAAUUUAGAAGCGGAUAGCUUGCGUGUCGAGCCGCUCGGCUACGAUUCGAAAAAUUCCGGCUAUUGGUAUUUCUAUGGCACGCGAUUAUAUCGCGAGGACAAACCAGCAUCGUCGGUGAAUAGUUAUAGUGGUAUUGGUGGUAGUAAAUCAACGACAACGACAGUGAAUGGCAAGGGAGGCGAAAAUGUUAAAUGUGCUGUUUGGCAAGUGAUUUGCUUUACCGAAGAGGAUUGGCAAAAUUUAGCCAGCAAAUUUAAAUCUUCAACAAAUGCCAAAGAACGUGAAUUGUAUCAGAUAUUGGAUGAGAAUUUUCUGCCAAAAUUACCACAGCUUUUCCGCGAACGAGAGCGAUUGAGACGCAGAAAACUACUUCAAGUACGCAAUUCGACACGCAUACGUAAUAUCGUCGAGUUAAAAGCGCGCCAAGAGCAGGAACGAUUAUUGAGAGAACGUCAACGCUAUCAAUUUGAGCCGCCAACGAAUCUGAAACAUCAGCAGUUGUCGUCAGUACAGAGCCGAGCAAGAAGACGCUCCCAAUCCACAUCGACUGCAAGUGGCAUCUCCACCUACGCCAGCUCCUUACGCCGCACAGCCACCACAAACUCCAGCGAGUUUCUCUGUCAUCGUGAGACAUUUUGUCUAACACCGGAGGGUGAAGAAGAGGAAGUCGACAACAAUAACGAGAACGAGCACGAAAACGGAAAAGCACGCCAAACGGAGGAUUGCUAUAGUGCGCAGCAGGUUGAGACCAAACAUAACACACCUGUUGAUUGUGCAACAGUCGCUGUCGUAAGCACAACUAAUUCAGUUCCAACAGAUUACUCGCUUACGCAAGAUCACUGUUUACCAAACCAACAAUUGCUUUUACAAAGUAUCAAAGUUGAGCCACAAGACGUGUCGGCCGAUGAAAGAGAAUAUGCUGUAAAUCCUUAUAUUGCAACAGCAUACAACAACGGAUCUGCGUCUGCACUGCAGAAAGCAGAAACUGUGAAUUACUUUCCUGCGCGCUGUGAUCAGUUGCAACUAACGGUGCAGAGACCGUUAAAAGACACGCAAGUCACUUCUCAGGCACAGCCACUUCCUGUGAAGGUGAAAAAGUCGCACCACAAGAAGAAGAAGUCGCAAAAGAAACAAAAGAAAAAAUCUCGCGAGCACCGUCGUCGUCACAAGCAUGUCAUCAGUGCCAGCGGCAACUGUAGUAACAAAAUUGACGCUUCUAAUACUGAGCAGGCGGGUGCAAUAACAAAAGACAAAAAAGAAGUCGCUAGCAGUAGUAGCAACAGCAGCAGCAAUAGCAAUACGAAUACUCAAAGCAGCAAUAGCAACAACAAAUCACCCAAAACACGCAGCAGUCAAAAUAGCAAAAACCAGAAAACUCGGUCGCAAACGCAAAGUCACAGUAACGGCCAGCACACCAGCAAUCACGUGCUUACGCACACACCUUCUCUAAGUCCCGAGGAUAAGGAGAACUUUUGCCGGAAAUUUACAGGUGACGCCACAACGCCUGGUGAUUUACAUGAAUUGCCCGCCACGGGCGCCGUCGAGUCAUUGGGUGACACCACAAGCGCCAUAGGCACUGGCACGCAACACGUUACGACUACCAUCGUGAAAAAAGAAGCGGGCGUAGGUAUUGUACAUGAUAUGGCACCAACCACCAACAUGAAAUUGCCAGGCAGACAAACUAACAACUCACUCUCAUCGUUGACCGGUAACAUAUUCAUACCACCUGCCUUACGUGAAGACGCAACAACCAUUGCUACAACGGAACGCUCAGAAAGUAAGACGAAGUCUGUGGCGGGAUCAGGGAACAGUGCGGGGCACAAGAAGCAUCAUAGACACAGUGGGUCUACAUCGGGGUCGAAUGCAUCCUCAGAUGCCAGUGUGACUGCUGAGAAGAGUCAUGACAGCGGCGGUGGUGGACAUAAGAAGAAAGUGGCGGCAGCGGCAGCAGCCGCGGCGGCGUUGGCUGUAACAACAACAGCGUCAGCCAGUGCGAAGUCAUCUGCACAGAACUCGGAUAAAAGCGCAGAUGAAAAUGUAUUUAGUAAAAAUCGCACCACCACAACCACCUCAAACACCAAAAACACAACCUCAGCAACCAUCACUACCACUACAACCUCAAGUAGCAAAAUCACUUCAAAUCAUACCGCCUCGACUGUGUUUAGAAAUGCGUCGCAUGGUGCAGAAGCAGCCGCAGUCACAACAACAGCAACAGCAGCAAAGACAUUUAUGUUAACGUCAUCGUCCGGCGCCAAUUCAACGGCGACAGCAGUGUCUAAAUGCUAUUUGAAACAUGCUAACAAUCAAAACCAAAGUUCUCACAAAUCAACUAAUCAAAAUUAUUUAACCUCCCAAUCCAAUAAUUGCUCCAAUUCAUCUGUCAAUUAUGCUCACAAUCCGCACCCAAAUCAUAAUCAUCACAUUCCGAAUCAUCAUCAUUAUCACCAUCAAUAUACACAUCAAACGCACGCUUCCCAUUUCCCUAUGCAUUCCUGUGCCACCAAUCAAUUGACAUCAACAACGUUGAACGCCUUUAAUUAUGCUUCCAAAAAUUCCACGAAUACGAAUUUUCUCAGUUUCACCGAAACGGAAGAAGUACUGCAAAUCGGUAUGCACAAAGUGCUCGUCUAUGUGAAGAACCACCGCGAUGCCUGGCCCUUUAUGGAUCCUGUUGAGGAGGACAUAGCGCCACGAUAUUAUUCCAUCAUACGCAGACCAAUGGAUCUGUUGAAGAUGGAGGAUAAACUGGACAGUGGCAAAUACAAUAAAUUUAGUGACUUUCGCAACGAUUUCAAAUUGAUUGUGAACAACUGUCGCCUCUACAAUGGCCACAACAAUGAAUACACUGAAAUGGUGAAUAACUUGCAAGAGGCCUUCGACAAGGCCACCAAGAAAUACUUUGAGAAUUUAUCAGACGAUGAGGAGGACGAUCCUAGUUUGGGUUAUCCGGCAGCAGAUUCCAAGAUGAAUGUCUUCCGUGAGAAAUACUUCAAUAAGAAGUCUUCGAAAGAUGCAAGUAGCGAUAGUCAAAGUAUAACAACGGAUGCGGAGAAGAAUGCGGUGGAGAAGACCGCACAGAAAAAGAAGAGCAGCAAAAAGCAUACGCAUGCACAUUCGCAUGAGUCGCUGAUACCAGGGAUUAAGGAAAAAUAUGCUGAUAGUGCGGACGAAGAAUUUGAUGAUGCAAAUGAUGGCGGGGCAGAGCAACGUGGCACGAAAAGAAAACGCAAAGAAAAAGAUAAAAGACGUAAAAAGAAAUCGAAAAGCAAGGUGGCAGUGGCGGAAAAACGUGACACUGACGAUGAAGUUGACCACGAAAUGGAGGAAAAUCAAGGUGAUGAAGAUAUGCAUGAAGAUUUGGAACACGAACAAAGCACAAAAAAGAAUAAAAGUAAACAAACGAAAGAAUCAUCGAAAAAGGGAAAGAAAAAUAAAAGCAAGUCUUCAAAAGGCAAAACUGAUAAUGGCAAAUCAAAGAAGCAAAGCAAAAAAGGCAGUAAAUCAAAAAAUCACAACUCUGAAGAUUCGGCUCUAUCCGAGGAUGAAGAGGUGGAUGCGGCGUUGGAGCCAGAGCCAGAGCCAGAACCAGAACCGCAGCCGGAACUGGAGGAUGAAUCCGACAUAGAACCUGAGCCGGAGACCGAAGAUGACGCCGACGAUGAUGAUGAGAGUUUUGAAUACCCUGCUACCAAAAAGGGCAAAAAUAAGACAAGCAAAGAAAGCAAAUCGCAUACUAAAUCGAGAACCAGCGCUGGGCAUAAGAAAAAAUCGACACCAAAUAAAUCAAAUCAGAAGCAGCAUACAUCCAACAAACAUCAAAAGGGUAAAAGCAAGAGUAGCAAGUCGAAGGGAAAGUCUAAAACGGCGCAAGCCGAUAGUGACUGUGAGAGUGAGACCGAAACAGAGAAGCUGCUAAAGAAAAAGACGAAUGUAAAUAAAGAUAUGCCACCACCAGCAAUUGAUGCGCUUGCCGCUUCAGCUUCUGAGUUGGAGGAGGAGGUGAUCGAUGACGAUGAUGAUUCGCGUUCGCGCAGUAUGUCACCGUUUAAGGUGGAUCUGCAUAAGAAAUAUUCCAAAAGUGCACUUAACGAUGAUCUAUGCGAUUUACUGACGACAGUUAAAAAGGUACCCGGUAGCUCAGCAACAACAAAUUCUAAUCAAAAUCACACAGCAGUUAGCGACGAUGAAGAUGAUUUUAAGUCUUUGUCUAGCCGCAGUUCAACUCCGUUGCGUGCUUCCAGCGAAGAGCGCAAAACAAAACGUGCACCUAAGAAGAGUACGCGUAAUAUGAAAAAAGAGGAGCCACCAAGUAAGGCUGCAACAACAAUCGCUAGUAAAAAGAAUGCCGAACUCGAUGCUGCAGCGGCGGCAGAGGCAGCAAAACAAGCCGAGCUAGAGAUGCUGCUGCCUUUCUUGGAUAAAUAUGAGUUGAUUAAGUAUCGACGUAGUCGAGCGAAUAAUUUGCAACAGACCGCAGCACUGAACACAGUGGAAGAAAGUCAAAAAAGUGGCCGCGGUCGUGCGAAAGAAAGUUCUGCCAAGAAGAAGGACACAACCAAAGCGGUUGAAAAGGCGAUUGAUAAGGUCAAUGGAGAAAACAUUAAGUCUCGUAAGAACAACAAAAAGGUCAAAAAGAACACGAGCUCAAAAGAAGUGAAAGAAGUAUCCGAUACUGAAGAAAUAAAAACGCCACCAAAAGAAGAGAAAAUUACGAAAACUGAUGAGAAAACAUCUGCCAAAGUUUUAAAGGCACCAACUGAGUUUGCAGACGAAGAAUGCAAAGAUAGUGUAACAAGUAAUACUGUUUCGCCGAAUAAGAGUGUCAAAAAUAUAGAGAAGAAAGCGGUUCCAACGUCUGAAAAGCCGGCAGCUAAACGAAAGGAGAAGCUUAAACCGGAACCAACAACACCUGUAGUGCAGGAGGAAGAUUUGCCAAAGAAGCCGACUGAAAAAACAGCAGUGCCAGUGCCGCCGAAAAAAGCUUUGCAAAAGAAGGCCGCUGCCAGUGCUGCUGCCAACAAGAAAGUUAACAAUAAGCCAAUAGGCAGCGCCGUCUCUAAUAAGACUUCUUCGACCAACAUCGAGGCACUAGACGUAGAGACUGAGCAGACGCUUAAAGACAUUAAUCGUUGGCUGGAGCAUACGCCACGUUUUUCGGAGUUUAGUUCAGCAAGCAACUCGCCUUCACGCUACAAUCUAGAUGAGUUCGAUGCAGCAAUACCCGCCAAAUUAGAACCAGCCGACUUUCGGCGUCCAGUGCCGAUCGCGCCACCCAAAAUCGAUUUGGUACCUACAAAAUUGGCAGAUGUUCUUGUGGAUUUAGUUGCCGAUGGUGAUGCAGUAGUUGCCAGUGGCCUUAAGAAAGAAGUGAUCUCAGAGUUGAUAACUAGUGGCACCUCAGUUAGCGCGGUGGGUGGCACCGCCAGCAGUGUUAGCUCGAGUUGUGGCACGCCACCUCAUUCGGUGACGUCUGUCAACUCUGUUGGGAGCACAUCAGCGAAUGCUUCAUCUAAUAACUCAGUUGUUACAGCACCAUCGAUAUCAUCAAUUGCAUCCGCAUCUGCAGCUAAUCAACCUACUUUGUUGAUACCACCUCCACCCGCUACAGUUGCGCCAGUUUUGACUGCGUUGGCGCCACCGAAACCCAAAGAGCCAAGCACUACCCAAUUGUUGUUGAAUCCACCACCACCGCCGCACAUUAAAAACCAAUUGGCGAAGGAAGCCAAGCGAAAGUCACUGAAAGAGAAGCUGCAGGCGGCUAACAAUCCGCGGCGCAAAGAUUUGCUUCGCACAAUCGAACGUUUACAACCGGGUAAAGCUAAAGGAAACCUUUUACAAAAUAUGAAUAAGCCUGAUGAGCAUUUCCCCUUGGGUCCUGUCGCAGCUAAAACGAAAGAAGUGAAAAAUGCACUGAUCGUAGAUACUGGUGACAAUGCGCCCAAAUUAAGCUUGGGUACGGUUAUAAAAACCGAUGAUUUUGCUUUGGGCCAAUCACAUAAUUUCAUCGAUGAGCUGGCUAGUAAAACAGAAGCGAAAUCAAUGAAUAGCACUGAGAAGGAAGCUGAGGAGAAAUCGAACAAAACUACCACAGCACUUGAAAUAAUUUCACCUUUCACACCAAAAGCGCCAGCAACAGCUGCUGGACCUUUAACUGUACCAGAGAUAGAGUCGGAAAAUAAGGCGGUCGAAGCAUCAGCCAAUGACUACACAAAACCUUUCGAGAAAUUGUUGGAGAAUAAAGCUGCUGCUAAUGCGGAAUCUGCCAACGCUGCAGGCGCAAAGGAAAAGCCCAAUUUAAGCGCUUGGUUGAAGGCAUUUGGUGUACCAAAGAAAGCUAAGAAAUCGGAAGACGAGGAGAAACAGCAACAACAACAGUCCGACGUCAAUGAGCCUGCAUCUAUUGCCGGUGUGGGUUCUAGUUCGACAAAGUCAAAUGACGGCGCGGCGUCAGCGUCAAUAUCCUCGAAUGGCGCUACUGCUGUCAGCAGAUCACCCACUUCCGCUUCGAUUACCGGCGGUGUCGACUUUUCAUUACCAUCGGCACCGAGACAGCGUAAAGCUAGCACCGGUAGCACCAUAUCUGAACGUUCCUCGUUCAGUCAGGACCCCGACUCGCCGCGUAUAGCAAUAGAUGAACGUUUCGGUUCCUAUGCGGGUGCAAAUUAUACUUCGCCAAUAGGAGCUUCACCAAUUGGUGCAUCACCGAUUAUGGUUUCACCGAAGCCAGACGAAAUUACCAAGCCUACCUCCCCCUAUCCGCUGAACGGCGCCAUUAAAGCCGGCUUUUACCAAGACACAACUACUAAAAGCAGUCCUGAUAAGAGUUGUAGUCCACGUGAAAUGCCUUCGCCAUAUCCCCAAUACUCACAACACAUAUACUCAUCGGCUUCAUCGCCCAAUGUUUCAACACCGGAAUUAAGUGGUACUUCACCGUAUGGUGGCGCAAAUAGCUAUAAUCCCUCUGGUUCUGAAGCUUCCAAAACACCAGUUUACUCAUCCACCUCACCACUGCCGAACCUAUACGAUCAGUACAAGCAACCUCGUUCGCAAGAAUCCGAUUAUAACUCGUCGAUGAGCCCGAGUACGCCCAAUCCAAAUUCACCAUAUCAGCAGCCGCAAAGUUCACCAUAUACCACGCAGUCACAUCAAUCACCAUACCACCACCCGAACUCACCGUAUCAUCAGCAACAGAAUUCACCUUUCCACCAACCAACGCACAGUAGUCCGGCACACACAUCCUCCAACGCAACACCAGCCUUACCAGUUGGCGCUACCUCAGUACACUCGCCUCUGCAUCAGCAACCGCACAGUCCCAUGACUGGUAGCGUAGAUUCGCCUGCUUCGUCCGCUGCUACGCAACCUCCUACGCCAAUAGCACAUUCACCGGCCGAUCAGCCGCAUUCGCCUUACCAACAGCCAAUGAAUUCGCCGUAUCAGUCGCAAGUGCCACAGCCACAAACGCAGCCUACGCAAACUCAGCAGCAGCAACAACAACAACAGACGCAGCAAAAUGCAAAUGCGCUCUCACCCUACAGUCAAAGCAGUAUGAGUCCCUCGCCAUAUCAGGCACCCGUAAGGACUCCAGAAGCCGCAAACUUUAAUCAAUUAACACAAAAUGCAGAUGUUAGUAAAGGGACUACAACGGCUACGUCGGUGCCAGCAGCUAUAACUUCGCAAAUGGAUCCAACGUAUGAUCAGAAUGUUGCAAACAAUAGUAAUAGCAACACCAACAACGUGGGUUCAAAUGUUGCCAGUGGUAAUGUGGCGGUACCAAGCUAUGUACCAACGCCGCAUAAUCUCUACAAUGCAUCGGCUAUGGUGCCAACGCAGCCACAGCCGCAGGCGAUGAUACAGCAGCAGCAGCAGCAACAACAACAGCGGCAACAGCAGCAGACGGACAAUUUGCGAGCUCUUUACGGCUCCGCACUAAGCUCUGCUGCAGCGUCUAUUUUAGACGGUGCAAAACAUACAGAUUGGAAUAUAUCAGGUGUGCAACAGUUGCAGGAUCAAAUGCAGCAACAGCAACAACAACCACAACCACAUCAACAGCAACAGCUUCUACAUCAGCAACAGCAGCAAAAACAACAUAAUGUCCAACAACAAUUGCAAAAUCAACAACAGCAGCAGCAGCAACCACAAGCCCUACAACAGCAACAGCAACAACCACAAGCCCAACAACAGCAACAGCAACAAUCACAAGCCCUACAACAGCUACAGCAGCAACCACAAACCCUGCAACAGCAACCACAAGCUCUACAACAGCAACAACAGCCACCACAAACCUUACAGCAGCAACAGCAAACCUUACAACAUCAGCAACAAACACAACAACAACAACAAAAGCCGCAAUAUCCUACCUACGCGCAAUACCAAUCAAAAGCAGCAGCUGCUGCCGCCGCCGCUGCCGCUUCCACCAGCAAAGAAAUUCCUGUUGGCGAUAAAACCGAAACCGAAAAGAGGCAAAACGCCGCUGUCAGCUACGGUGACAAUUCCGCCAACGAUAUGGUCGCUUUCAUGCAGCACAUGCACCAGCAAGCGCAGGCCCAUAAAAACUCAAUCACCGCCAUAUCAACGGCUUCGUCCUCCACUUCUGCGUCUCAAGUCUCAGGCGCAGCGGCAACCACGGCGGUCGCGAACGCUAAUCCUAACCCCCUUAAGCGUACCGCCGAGGACAUGCUGGGCAUGGACUAUAGUGGGACGAGCACUGGCAGCACAGCGAACAAAAUGCAAAAGUGUGAAAAUAAUACCGGCUUGAUUAGUAAGCAGCAGCAAAUGUUCGAUAGCUUUCUGGGCGCCAUGCCGUUUGGCAAGCAUUUGGGCAGCAUUACGCCGGACAAAGCGUUCGAAAUGUAUAACCGUGCAGCAUCGAUGGGGUUCCCCAAAGACUAUCCAAAGGAUAAUAGCUGUCAAAUGCAACAGCAACAACAACCAACGCAACAUCAUCAGCAACAGCAACCACACCAACAACAACAAUCGAAUUCUGCUACUAGCCAGCAACAGCACCACCAGCAGUUGCAACAGCAAAAGCAGGUCCAACAAUUGCAACAACAACAAUCACACAAUCAGCUGCAACAUGGUCAGCAACAACAGCAAAGCCAGCAUCAUCAGCAGUUGCAACACAAUCAACAUACGCAGCAGCAGCAGCAGCAAACACAAUCGCCACAUUUAUCCAAGUCAGCCAUGGAUAGUAUAACAGCCAGUUUGCUAAAUAAACCGUUAAAUUAUGGUGCAAGCAGUUUACAACAACAGCAACAACAGUUGAGCCGUUCGCAGCAAAUAAAUCAAAGUUAUGCAGCACAAACGCAGCAAUCGCAAGCGUCGCAACCUCAACAACAACAACAACAGCAACAAAAUCAAUCGCAGCAUCAGCAGUUGUCGGCAAAAACGACUGCAUCCCCCGCUACAGCAGCGGUUUCCGGCACAACGCAUGACGCCAGCAACAUGCUGAAUAUGUCUAGCCACCAUCUAGCACAUCAUCUUUCGGCAUAUAAUAAACCGACACCGCCGCCACCACCAACGCAGACAUACAGCAAUCCCGCUGCCUCGUUGUUGCAUCCCUUGGCCGAGAGUUUGUUCGGUUUGUCUUCCGCCAGCGCCGGGUUUUACGAUAAGAAUAUGCCGCCAGCGGCUCAUAUGUACAAUGCAGCGGGAGGCGCGAAAAAUCUAACGACCUCUCAAUUGUACUCCAACCCUGCCUCUAUUGCGGCUAUGAGUGCGAGCGCCGCUGGUAUGUACGGCAAUCCGCAGCAACUUUCGGCUGCUGCAACGGCAUCCAAUGCUUACGGUGUCGGUGUACCGAAUACAAAUUCUAGUUGCAGUAACAAUUCUGCCAAUCAGCAACAGCAGAAUGUAACUGCAGCCGCGGAGGUUGCAAAGCCAGUGCCGCCUGUGGUACAGGCACCCGCCAAGCGUGGGCGCAAGAAGAAGGCAUCAACGAUUGCCGCAGAGGCGGCAGCGGCAGCUACCGCGGCUGCCAAACUGCAACAACAACAACAACAGCAGCAGCAACAACUGCAGCAACGCCAGCAACAGCAAUUGCAACAACAACAGCAGCAACAUCAUCAGCAGCAGCAACAACAACAACAACAGCACCAGCAACAGUUGACACAAAAUCACUUGCAUGCAUCACAAUACAACACCGCAACGGCGCACAUGUCGCAAUUGUCCAGUGCCGCCUCAGUAGCUUCAGCCCAGCCGGCCCACCAAAGUUCAAGCGGUGUGCCCGCACAUUUACAAGCGCAUGCGCAAGUAUUGCAGCAAGGCUUCCCACUGUACGCUGGCCUAAAGACAGGUGGCGUUAGCUCGCCACUCGCGACGACCGGCGGCUCCAAUUCCGCAGCGGCUGUUGCAGCCGCGGCAGCAGCUGCUGGCAAUGCGGCCGCACACAACACUGCAACUGCAUCAGGAGCUUCAAAUGUGUCCGGUGCAGGAGGCGUUGAUGUUGCAACGGCGAUUUCGCUGAAGACAUCCGCAGCUGAAGUUACCGGCAUGGUGCCUGGCAGCGCUUUCAAUUUCGGUCCGACUCCCGGCGCCCUAGGCUUAUAUGGCGAUCAAGCGGCAGCAGCUGCAGCCAGCAGCUAUCUAGAUCAAUUCCGAGAUGCCUCAAAUCCUUAUUAUAUGCCAACUGCGCCGGCGCCGGCACAUCGUAAUUCUGCCAGCGAUGCUAGUGCCGCGGAGAAAGCGCAGUCAGCGCUCAAUACUGGCGCAUCAGCAGCGAGCGUAUAUCCGUUUUUGACAGCGCAUACCACACCGCGUGCUACACCCUACUCGUUUAUGCACAAUACGGGCGCCUCACAACUGGCCGAUCCCAAUUCGCAGUUAUAUUCGUCAUAUUUGCGACGCGAAGACCUGCUCAUGUUCAAUCAAGGUCUAUUAGGGCGUGGUGCGGGUGCGGCCGGUUAUGGGCAGCCACCGCCGCCAACUGCCUACCGACCAUCCUCUUUGGGUAUGCCCAAGCCUUAUGACAUCAAUCGCUCGUGGUUUUAGCAGUGCGCAAACAACGCAGCCCAAGAUGACAUAGCCGGACAGAUGACUACUGCAGCGACAGCAGCAACCUUGCCGGGCAUUGAAGGCGCCUCCAGCAAUAGCAACAUAAUGGGCGGACAACAACACACGCAGCAACAGCAGACACCGUUGGACCAUCGGCAUCACCAGCUGCAGCCGCAUCAAUUGUGAAGCAUAUUGCUCACGAUGACGUGGCUAACAACUGUCGUAUUUCUUCCGCGAGUUGUUGUAGCAUGUAUGGAGUUACGUGCUUGUACAUAUAUGUGUAUGGCACUAAAUGCUUUGCUAAAUGUCAACUAUCAUUACCUUAGGUGCAGCUUUAGUAGAUCUACAACUAGUAUAUGUAUGUAUAUCAGCAUUAAGUCGAGAUGAAGCAAAUAAUGGGAGUGUUAGCGUUGUUGAAGUGUAACCAACUUCAUUUGAUAUAAACUACUACAUUUAUGUCUAACAUAUUUCAAUUGUUUAGAGCAAGAGAAAUGCUCUAUUAGUUUAGUAGAUACAUAUAUUUAUGAUUAAGCACAAAGUCUAUUUAUGCUUUUCUGUAGAUAAGUGUUGGCGGCUAGAUGCCAACAAAAAUAUUGUUAUAUUAUGGUUCCAUUUGGGAUUCGCCAAGUUGGUGAAUUACUAUUGCCUAGUUAAGUUUACUAUUAUGUAAAAUGUUGCUUAUAUUUAGUGGAGUGAAUAGAUAUUAUUCUCGUUUUACGCUAUGCGCUGACUCUAAGGCAUGUAUAUGCAUGUGGAUUAGGAAACUACCGUGAAGCAUUAUAUUAAUGGAUAAUUUUAAACACGUGUAUAAGUACAUAGUAAUUUAAGUUUCAAUACUUAUGCUGUUGUAACAGUAAGUUUUUAAAUUUGUAUAUACAUAUGUAGACAUAUACAUACAUACAAACAUUUAAUUUAAUAUUAUGUAAGUCAAAAAACAAUUUUAUGCAUAUUGUAUUAAGCUAACAGGAGAUUAAGUAAAGCAAAAUAUCACUAUCACUAUAUCUUAUGAUUCCUUCAUUAAACGCUAGUUUCCUCCCAUUCAAUAUUUGUAUAGCUUAAAAUGUAGGCAGGAGCUUUGAAAUAAAUGUAACGACUUAUUUCGCAAUUUAAUAGGCUUCAUUUAAUUUCAUACACAAUUAUUGCACGGUGUACAUCGAAUUGUGAUAGGUCGCCCACAUUCCUUUUUCGAUUAUUUACUUAGACUAACUGAUUUUUUUUUUGUAAAUUUCAGUGUUGGUAUUUUUAUUAAGACAACACAUAAUAUGACGCAUAUAUUCGGCAUAAAAUCAUCGUAUAUAGUGGGCUGAGGUAAUUCCUGAACCGAUUUCACUCAUUUUCACCACCUAGGUAUACUAUAUUCAAGAUUUACGCUCACUUAAUUUGGUAUUUUGAUAUUUCACAUAUUAACUUAAAACCCAUAAUUAGGAAUAUGGGAGCUAGAGGAAGUUAUGACCCGAUUUAAACAAUUUUUAGUACAGAGACACACUAUUAAAAGAAAAAUAUCCUCUCUGAAAAAAAUUGAAAUAUCUGUGAAAUAUCUUUGGGUGAAAAAUUACCCUUCUGAGACCAUCAUUGAAAUCGGUCGAGUAGUUCCUGAGAUACGGUUUUUGGCCCAUAAGUGGGCGACGCCACGCCCAGUUUUCAUAUUUUUUAAGCUGAGUGCAGCUUCCCCUCAUUUCGUCUGUAAAAUUUAGUGUUUCCGUUAGUAAGUUUAGUUAGUUUCUGACGUUUUCCGUUAGUAAGUUUUCGUACUUUUAGUGCACACCACCUUUGUAACCACGCCCACUUCAAAAAAACACCCAAAUCUGCCCCUGCCUAAUGCAAUCCUCUGUACCAAAUACUACUAUCAUAACUUUAAUGAUUGCUUAGUUAUGUCACUUUAUAGGUUUUCGCAAUUUUGUGGGCGUGGCAAUGGUCCGAUUUCACCCAUUUUCAAUACCAACCUCCUCAGGGUGUCAAGGAAUACGUAUUCCAAGUUUCAUUAAGAUAUCUCAUCAGAGGAAUGGACAGACAUCCGGAUUUCGUAUCCAAUAAAGGAAGUAAAAAUGAUUUAGAGGUUAUGUCCCACGUUGUCGACUUGUAAGCACUCACAUCGUUAGUUAGUCAAAUAUUCCACUCCACUUUUAGUGUUUCGCUUGAUGUUUGUUGGAUUUGUUGUUUCUCAAAAACUAGCAAUACAUUGUUCCAAACAACAGCAACUUUAAAAUUUCAUUUAGAUCAAAUACGAUAAAUAAUUCUUGCUGAGACACUCGGCUACAAACCGUAGUGUAAAUUUCAUUACCAUUUGAUCAAAGACCUAAAGUUAAGGGCUUACCUACUGCAAUAAUAAUUAUGUAUAAAAGAAAAGAAUAUGAAAAGCAUGUAAAGGAGCAGUUCGGGCUUAAUCCGUAGUGAAUUUUUGGUAAAGUUUUAGCUUCAGCAAGCUUUUACUUUAAAGAUUUUAACGCAAUUGGUUAGUUAGUUAGCUACUUAUAUCCAAAUUAUGUUGGUCUAAAGACAUUUUAACUUUAAAUCUGUUUUUAAAUUUAUAAUUGAAUGUUCGCAGUUGUUAUUGUAUAUAACUCGUUACUUCACUAAAAUACUAAUUUACCAAAUUAGAUUUGGUUGCUUUCAAUAACUGCAAUUUUCGAAUAAUUAAUGAAAUACAUAUGUACACAUAAAUUAAAAAGCAACAAAAAUAUUAAAAAUAAUAUUAAAAAACAUUAACAAUAAACACUGAAAAGAAAUAAAUAAAAAUUUAUGUAAAUAAAUUUUAAAAAUUAUAAAUAAAACGCAAACUUAUAUACCAAAAGAAAAGAAGGAAUGAAAUCAAAAUUAUUAUAACAAAAUAAUAUUAAUAAAAUAAUUAAUUAUAAAUAAAGAAAUUACAAUAAUAAAAAACAUAUAAAAUAAUUAAUUAAAUUAAAAUAAAAUGUAUACAAUAAAUAAAGCGUAAUACACAAAGACAAGACCAAAUAAAAAACUCAAUUAAAACAACAUGCUUUACAUUAAUAUAUUAUUUAUUAAAAGAAAAUUGGUAUUCACUAAUUUAAAUUAAUAGCAUAAAUACCAUGACAGCAAGCAUAAUUAACAUUUAAAUGUACCUAGUAUAUUUAAGAGCGUAGCAAACAGAGUUUAAACUAUAACAACAAAAAUAAAAAAAUGAAAAUUAAAACAAAAUAUUAAAAACUAAAUGCAUAAACUAAUAUUAAAGCAGACACACACACACAAUGAAAGAAAAUUGAAAAUAUAUACAAAAUAUUCUAUAUAAUCAAGUGGCAAUUGAGUAAGGUAUACGAUUAUACCCACAACAUCAGCAUAUAUGUACGUAUGUAUACAUUCAUAUAUAUAUACAUUUACAUAUGUAUAAUAUUGGUGUAGUUUUUCUGCACUGUAAAAUAUAAUUAUGAUAAAAAUAUUAAUACAAAUAAAAAAUAAUAUUGAAUAUUGUAUAA